ACCGUCGAGGUACUUCUACUCUGCUCAUAAGAGCUGCACUGGCUCUGCGCUCAGCCAAAUGAGUCAGCGUCUGCAGAGCUGCAGGUCAGCACCGCCUGAUGAUCGCCGUUCACCCCGUCCUCUGGAGGCCCUGCAGCACGCACAGCAGCCUUUAGGAAAUCUGAUCUGUGGCUUCAGGAAAAAUGGACCAGUUUCGUGGCUUAUUUGUCAAACUGGACCAGAACCAGGAUGGAUUCAUCUCAGUGGCCGAGCUGCACGACGAGAUGAGGAAACAUGGGAUCCAGUCAGCAGAUGGGAAGGUCCAGAAAAUCAUUGAUUCUUAUGACAAAGACAAAGACGGCCUGCUGGAUUAUGAUGAGUUCCUCAAGUACAUGAUGGACAGGGAGAAGAAAUGGAAAAUUCACUUUCAUGACCUUGAUAAGAACAAUUGUGGAGUGAUUGACCUGGAUGACGUCCUAUGUUUGUUUAAGGAGUUAGGAGUGGUCAUUUCAGAGCCGAAUGCAAUAAAAAUUAUACAAAUGAUGGAUAAGGACAGCUCCAUGACGGUGGACUGGGGAGAGUUCCUGCAUCACAUCAUCCUCAACCCUGUGGACAACAUCGGGGAGCUGGUGUCGUCAUGGAAACACAGUCUGGUGUUUGAUGUAGGGGAGAGCAGAGCAAUGCCCAUCGAGUUUCCUGAAGAGGCGUCCGGCUUCGGAGCCUGGAGGACGUUUGUUCUGGCGGCAGGUCUGGCUGAUGCCGUGUCUCGGACUGUGACGGCACCAAUAGACCGACUGAAAACCCAGCUUCAGGUUCAUGGAUCCAAGGCUUUCUCUCAGGUCUUCCAGGAGAUGAGGGCCGGUGGUCUUCGCUCCAUGUGGCAGGGAAACGCCGUCAACGUGCUGAAAGGAACCCCACAGUCCACGCUACAAUGUCUUAUUUAUGCCCAGAUGAAGGUCUACACCCAGAACAGAACCCAGGAGACCCUGACGGUGCAGCAGCGCUUCGGUCUGGGGUGUGUGUCCGGAGCUGUGGCUCACGCUGCCUUCUACCCCCUAGAGGUGUUAAAGGUGAGACUGAACCUGCAGCAGGCUGGAACUUAUAACGGUGUCGUGGCCUGCGCUCGAUCUAUCUACAGAAACGAGUCUUUGUCUUCCUUCUACAGAGGAUUCAAACCGAGCAUCCUCUGCAUGAUCCCAUAUGCAGGUGUAGAGUGUGCAGUUCAUCAGUCCAUCAUGUCCUGGGCAAAGCGUGAUCCGGCCUACAACAGUGACUCCAAGCUGUUCUUCUUCAGUUUCGUGGCCUUUGCCUCUGGACAAAUGACCAGUUAUCCACUGGCGGUGAUUCGAACUCAGCAGCAGGCUCAGGCUUUCAUCUCAGAUUCCCGCCCAGCCUCAGGUGUGCUACCAGGACUUAUUGGGAUAUAUGAACGAGGAGGAUUUCGCGGAUACUACAAUGGUAUGGGGGCCAGCUUCGUCAGAGCUAUUCCAUGUGCGUUGAUAAACUACACUCUGACUAGAAAAUUUGAAAAUGUGUUUUCUUCCAUGAAGUCUUGAGGAAUGUGGAGAAAAAUACAAAGCUGUGAAUGUUGUAUUAAUGCGAAUUGAGCGUCCAAAAACACCUGGAAUUCAGAAAUAAAGGGCUGAGAUCCGUGAAGUAAAUCACAAAGUUCAGGUUGUGUUUGUGGAAUAGUUUUAAGAAAAAAUAUUUUACUUGGUUGUUUUUUUUUACUGACCAGGAGAACAUGAAAGCAACACAACUGACUGAAAAAAACUGAAUAAUGUGAACAAGUGUAAUGAGAUCUGCUGUGUAAAUAAGGAAAAGCGUUGUCGAGUGUAUUGUUUAAUAAAAUUUUAUUUCAGAACUGAA